AUGGCGUCGGUGUCUUUAUACGACUGUCGUAUUACUAUAAGCCUCGGUGAAGAACUCCCCGCGCCUAUUCUCGACGCCGACGAGACCCACCACGCCGCGAGGGAAAGGAUGUACCAGGUACUGGUGGGCGAUCGAUUGAAUAAUCCCGAAGAUUCGACAACGAUAGGCGAGUUCAAAGCCCUGGGAACAAGGGCCUGCACCGGAAGAGGUUUUAAUGAGGAGGUUGCGGUGGUUAAGGGUCUACGAACAAAAAUGGGCUACACGGAAAGGGAGGAACUCGAAUGGCCCUUAUUAAGAGCGUUAGAGGAAGGAUUGCAAAGGAACUGGACAGCAUCGACGCUUUGCUCGCAAAAGUUGCUGAUGCGACGGGAGUGGGGAGAAUGGGUUUAUUGGUUGCGCUCGGAGUAA